AUGGUUGCGAAGGACCUUGAUCUGCACCACCACCUCUUCAAAGAUACAAGAACGUCCGAGGUGCCGCGUAACUUGACUCUAACCUCGAAACACUUUUUUAGUGGGCUGGGACCUAGGGACCGGGCCCGCCGUGACUGUGUAGAUCAGGGACCAUCCUCAUCCAUCGGCACGAGCAGGCAAGCUCAGCAGAAAUAUAAUGUGCAGAGCACAGAGCAGAGAAAAGGAGAAGCCGCUGCUGGCGGCUCUGUGCUGCAUUCUUUCGCGGCGCCGGGGCCUGUCAAAGCAAGAUUGGCAAAUGCCUUGCAACGGCCGAGUACGGGGAUCGUCGACGUCACCAUUGGAACCCCGCAGAAGGAGCAGCACUCUUUGCCUUGGGCUGGUAAGGCUGCAUUCCCAGAUAUCGGCAAGUGUGGUUCUCUUGGACUGCGUCGUUACUUGCCCAUCAUGCAUAGGACGCUGCUCUUGUUUUUGCUAAUCCGCAUUGGCAUCGCAGAUUCAAUACUUCACGAUUGCGUGUGUAUGGCAUGGGAUUCGUCAGAAUCUGUCAACUCUGCGUGUUCGAUGGUGGAUCUUUCCUGCACCUCCGAACUUAUGCGCGUAAGAAACGGUGCUUUGUAG